AUAUGAAUAUUUAUUGAUUUUUAUUCUUGAAUUUGGUUUAGUUUUCUGUGAAUUCAUGUGAGUAUCUGUUUUAUGUCUGCUUGAACUUGCUCUGACGUUGUUUUUGUACUUAUUUUCUUAUUAAGAAUUUUUAUUUAUCAAUUUAGGGUUUGAAUUUAUGAUUCUUGGUUCUUUAACUGGAGACUUGGGAAAUUUUACUUUGCAAGUGUGGUUGAAUUUCUGAAUGUAAUGUAUAUAUAUAGCCACCCAUUUGCUUAGGUUUUAAAUCUGAAUACAUGUUGGAAUGGGCAUUGUCUUUUGCCAAUUUAGAUCAGUGCAAAUUUGGGGUUACGUUUUAUAGAGUUGUUGAUAUUGUCUAUGUAUUUGUGGUUCCAAAAUUAUGGUUCAGGUUACUAGAUUGAGAUAUGCAUCAUUGUGCCCUUUCUCAUGAAGAAAAAAGAAGGGAAAAAGAGAAAAAGAAAGAAAGGAAGAUAUAUUGUUCUGGACAUAGUAGUAGUGGAGUUUAUGCUAUGUUCUGUCAUAUUAUGCAUUGUUUGAUGGGAUAAUGAUGAUUUGAUUAUUUUGUUUGCAGAUUUUUAGUUUGAGGGAUUGGUGUAAAUAUGACAAUGAAUCAGCAUAAGGCUAUCGAGUUGGAGGAAGGGUGGGCUUAUAUGCAGACGGGGAUCACAAAGCUGAAGAGAAUUCUAGAAGGGUUGCCGGAGUCGUUCAGCUCCGAUGACUAUAUGAUGCUCUACACUACUAUAUACAACAUGUGCACCCAAAAGUCUCCUCACGAUUAUUCUCAACAGCUAUAUGAUAAAUACAAAGAGGCUUUUGAAGAAUACAUCAAUUCAACGGUGUUGCCAUCUCUAAGGGAAAAGCAUGAUGAAUUUAUGUUGAGGGAGCUUGUAAGCAUAUGGGUAAAUCAUAAAGUGAUGGUCAGGUGGCUUUCACGGUUCUUCCAUUAUCUCGAUCGUUAUUUCAUUGCGAGGAGGUCGCUUCCUGGCCUCAAUGAUGUUGGACUCACUUGCUUCCGUGACCUGGUUUACCAGGAGUUGAAGGGUAAAGUCCGAGGUGCGGUUAUCACACUUAUUGACCAAGAACGGGAGGGAGAGCAAGUUGACAGAGCUUUAUUGAAGAACAUUUUGGGUAUAUUUGUUGAAAUUGGAAUGGGACAAAAUGAAUGUUAUGAAAAUGACUUUGAAGAAGACAUGCUUAAAGAUUCUGCUGCCUAUUAUUCACGGAAAGCAUCAAACUGGAUUGUUGAAGAUUCUUGUCCUGGUUACAUGUUGAAGGCUGAGGAAUGCUUGAAAAAGGAGAGGGAUAGAGUGUCCCAUUAUUUGCACUCAAGUAGUGAGCCGAAGCUGGUGGAGAAAGUGCAGAAUGAGUUGUUGGUGGUAUACAGCACCCAAUUACUUGAAAAGGAGAAUUCUGGAUGCCGUGCUUUGCUUAGAGAUGAUAAGGUGGAGGACCUUUCUAGGAUGUAUAGGCUGUACUGUAAUAUUCCGAAAGGCUUGGAUCCGGUUGCUAAUAUUUUUAAACAGCAUGUUACUGCUGAAGGUACGGCCUUGGUCCAACAGGCCGAAGAUGCGACAAGUAAAAAGGUACAGAAUGCUGUUGUCUCACAGGAGCAGGUUUUUGUCAGAAAAGUUAUUGAGCUGCAUGAUAAGUAUAUGGCAUAUGUGAAUGAUUGUUUUGCAAACCACACUCUAUUUCACAAGGCCCUGAAAGAGGCUUUUGAGGUUUUCUGCAACAAACAAGUUUCUGGCUGCUCUAGUGCAGAGCUGCUGGCUUCAUUCUGUGAUAAUAUUCUCAAGAAAGGUGGGAAUGAAAAAUUGAAUGAUGAAGCCAUUGAGGACACAUUAGACAAGGUGGUAAAGUUGCUUGCUUAUGUUAGUGAUAAAGACCUUUAUGCCGAAUUCUACAGGAAAAAACUUUCUCGUCGUCUUCUUUUUGACAAGAGUGCUAAUGAUGAUCAUGAAAGACUUAUCCUGACAAAGCUGAAGCAGCAAUGUGGUGGACAGUUCACGUCAAAGAUGGAGGGGAUGGUUACAGAUUUAACAUUAGCAAAGGAAAAUCAGAACCAUUUUAAGGAAUAUCUUGACAAUAGCCCGAAUACAAAUCCCGGGAUUGAUUUGACUGUUACUGUCCUUACUACCGGAUUCUGGCCAACUUAUAAAUCUUCUGAUCUCAGUCUCCCUGCAGAGAUGGUGAAAUGUGUUGAGGUUUUCAAGGAAUUUUAUCAAACAAAAACAAAACAUAGAAAGCUUACUUGGAUUUACUCAUUGGGUACCUGCAACAUAAUCGGCAAGUUUGAGCCAAAAACUAUAGAGUUGAUCGUGGGAACUUAUCAGGCUGCAGCUCUUUUGCUAUUCAAUGCUUCGGAUAGAUUGAGUUAUUCAGAAAUCAAGACCCAAUUAAAUUUGGCUGAUGAUGAUUUAGUUAGAUUGCUCCAGUCUCUGUCGUGUGCAAAGUACAAAAUUGUUAAUAAGGAACCAAACACUAAAACUGUUACUCCAAAUGACUAUUUUGAGUUCAACUUGAAGUUUACUGACAGAAUGAGGAGGAUCAGGAUUCCUCUCCCACCAGUGGAUGAACGGAAGAGAGUAGUUGAAGAUGUUGACAAGGACAGACGUUAUGCUAUCGACGCCUCAAUUGUGCGCAUAAUGAAGAGUCGCAAAGUUUUGGGUCAUCAACAAUUAGUGAUGGAAUGUGUUGAGCAGUUAAGCCGUAUGUUCAAGCCCGACUUCAAGGCAAUCAAGAAGCGGAUUGAAGAUCUGAUCACCCGUGACUACUUGGAAAGAGACAAGGAAAACCCAAACUUGUUCCGGUACUUGGCUUGACAUAACCCAUUGAUCUAGGAUUGAGCUGACACUUGGCACAAAUUUGAAGUGCUGGCGAAGUGUAGGAGCAGAGAGUGAAUGCGCAUCACAAACCGCCAUGAUUCCCAUUAGUUAGUUGCCUCCGUUGGUUAUAUACUUGAAAAAUGAGUAUACUUUUUUUUCCGUUAUUUUUUGUUUGACAUCAACCUUUAUAUAGUGAGUUUUGUGCAGUUGAUAUAUGACAACUUUGUUUUUGGGGUAGUAGAAGGUAUAUUACCGCAUCAAGAUAUGGGGGUUGCGAAUUUGCUCCCAACAAAA